AUGAAAACCCAAUCCAAAAGCAUCAACACUGACAUUGAUUCCUUCUGGAAUUGGAAAUCAAAGCCACUGCACAGGAACAAGCACGACGACAAUAGAUUCUCGUUCACUGAAGUUUUCCACAGCAGCCCAAAAGCGGAGAGAAAGGUGGUGUUGGGGCCUGGAGGUGGUGCUGGAAUCGGGUGCGGCGCUGGAGUUGGGUUUGGAUUGGUGGGAGGGAUGGGAUAUGGUGGUUGGUGCCCAUGGAACCAAGUGAAGCUGGUGUUUGGGGUUGGUGUGGGUUGUGGGGUUGGAUUAGGAUUUGGGUUUGGGCAAGGAAUUGGGUAUGGAUUUAGUCUGGAAUCCCUGCUGGAGAGUUCAGAUUCUGGCAAAGCGAUUCAAAUGUACCAUAAAUAUUGA